CCCAUAAGAGUUACGAUGCCCUUGCCACUCAAAGUCCUCUUCUUCCUCAACCUUGUUUUAGUUUCUUCUUUCAACUUCAUUGCUUCGACUGCUUCUUCAAUAUCUGCAACAGCUCCUGUAGGAGUGACGGAAGUAGAGGCACUUUUAGUAUGGAAGGCUAGUCUUGACAAGGAAAGUCAAUCCACCUUGUCUUCUUGGGUCGGAACCAGGCCCUGCACUUGGAUAGGGAUCAUUUGUGGUUCGUUUGGGAGCAUCACUCAUCUAAACCUUUCCUCUUCAGAUUUGAAAGGGAAGCUAGAAGGUUUGAACUUCUCCCUUUUUCCCAACCUUACUCAUGUUGAUCUUAGCAUUAACUCACUCUAUGGAAGUAUUCCUUCGAUAGGAAAUUUAAUAAACUUAUCUGUUCUUUACCUUUACAACAACAAACUCUCUGGUUCCAUUCCCCAAGAAAUUGGGUUAUUAAGAUCUCUUUCUAGCCUUGCAUUGUCUGACAACAAUUUCACAGGUCCAAUCCCUGCUUCAAUAGGAAAUUUGACAAACUUAUCCUUUCUUUACCUUUACAACAACAAACUCUCUAGUUCCAUUCCUCAAGAAAUUGGAUUGUUAAGAUCACUUUCUGAUCUUCAAUUGUCUUACAAUAAUUUCACAGGUCCAAUCCCGGCUUCAAUAGGAAAUAUGAUACACUUAUCCGUUCUUUACCUUAAUAACAACAAACUCUCUAAUUUCAUUCCUCAAGAAAUUGGGUUGUUAAGAUCUCUUUCUGAUCUUGGAUU